AUGUAAAAUUAGACAUUUGAUUAGAAUAUUUGUUUAGUGGAUGUGAAAAUUAGACAUAUUACUUAAGCAAUAGAAAAUAAAUGUGACUAGAUCGGAAAUUAAUAUGAUUAACUCAAAGAUCUAAAAAAAGCGAUUUCACAAAAAUUAUUAGAAUUGCAUGAAAUAGAAACUAGAUUGAGUAAAACAGAGAGGAAAUAAAAUUUGUAAAUUUAAAAACAUAUGUCUUUUGAUAACUUUGAAUUUUAGCAAUUGUAUGAGGAAUACAUGCUUGCUAAAAUUAAAAACACUUAAUUUUAGCAUCAACUCAAAGAGAGUAUGCUCAAGUCAAAAGAAUUAUAACUUCAUAAGAAACAUUUAUUAAAAUAGCUAGAAUUGCAUCAAAUGAUUUGUGAAGAAUUAACUCAUUAGAAUAACACCUUAUAAAAAGAAUUAAAAUAAAAAGUUGAUUUUCUCAACAAAUUUGGAUAAUUAGCUCAUUCAAAGAAAAUUAAAAAUGUAACAUCAACUCAAUCCAUGAAAAACUACAUAUUCAAUUAGUAUGAAGAUCAAUUCGUUGCCAAUCAUGUUAAAACUCUAGAAUUGCAUUAUAUGGAUAAUGAUAUCCCCUUCUUAAUUAAAAAGUUUGAACAAUUUGAUGACACUAGUAAACAAAAAGAUACAGAUGAUGAUUUAAGUGUUAAUUUACCUAGAAUGGAAAAUACCAAAGAAGAAAUUAUUAAUCUAGAAUACAAUUAAGAAUAAUCUGAGAAAUUAAUCUAAAGAACAUUACAGGAAGAAUUUGAUGAGUGUAUAUCAGAUGAAGAGCAAUCAAUAUACUUAAAUAGUUCACUUUUUAUUUGA